GGUGGAGGUGGGAAUAGCCGUGUGGAGCUGCUGGUGUUCGGCUAUGCCUGCAAGCUGUUUCGAGAUGAUGAGAAGGCUCAGUACCAGGAGCAGGGGCGACACCUUAUUCCUUGGAUGGGAGACCCCAAGAUCAUGAUCGAUAGGUCGGUGUAACACAACCCCCAGACUCUGCUGCGAGAUCUCCUGUUAUAGCCUCUUUCUGUUCCCCCCCUUAUGCUGUGGGCAGGUGAGGGCGGGGGGUGAGCAAAGGGCUCACUCUGGCAGACGUGUGGGGAUCUUCUUCACUGGCAGAGUUGGAGGGCAGCUCCUCCUGGUAGAGUGCGUUGAGUGCUGCUUUUGUAACGCCGCAGGGCCACCCCCCCCGGCAGCAGGAACUUGGGGUUCCCUGCUCUGGCAGUGUUGGGAGGUUCCCCUCCUUCUGACAGCCCAUGUGCGUUGGGCCUUUCUGCUUCACUUGGUAGGUAGGGUUUGCAGGGUGGCGUGGAGAAUGGGAAUGAUCUGUUCCUUUUCAAUGCAAACCACAAACAUAAUCUUUUCUCACGUGGAAACCAAGGGAGCCUUACUGCAUGGGAAUACUUACUAGGCGCUUUGUUUGUUCUCUAAGCGAGAAGGGUGCAGUGUGGCAGUGGAAAGGUAUUUAUCUGCCUUAGGGGAAAUACGGUUUUCUUAUUUCUCAUAUGUAAUCUGGCUGUGGGGUGUUGCUGGGAUACCCCAGAAGCAAUUCUUGGCCUAGUUACCUUUUCCUUGUGCCAUGAUUCGCUGUGUUAGGCAGAAUCUCUUUGAUUUUGGGUGCUUGCUUUUCAAAUUUUCUGUCAGAGGUGGCUUUUUUUGGUUGUUUUGCAGUAGGUACAGGUUCAUGGCCAGAGAGAGUAACAGAAUCUACUUUGAUUUUUUUCUGGUCUCUUUAAGUUGUUUCAGCAGUGCAGGGUGGGAUUUAGAAAUAAAUUUAUUCAAAAUUAUUUUUCUGAAUAUUUUCCUGGAGAGAGGGAAAAUGGGAGGUCAGGUUGGGUAUAUUUGAGUGGAGCACUGAAAGUACAAUUUAAGAGUUGUGGCUGACCCUGAAAACCUCAGUGGGAAAGAUGGAAGGAUUUUGGUUUGAAAAGGGUCACAUGACAUACUAUAGAUAUUUGUUCCCUCAAUUUCAUCAUUGUUUUGGUGCUAUACAUGAUUUUUCUUGUUUUGAUUUAACAACUGUAUUUGGCUUGGAAAGAAGUCCGUAAGGGAAGGUCUAUUCAUUUCCUUCCGUAAGACUGGAGAAAAAAGAAAUGCUUUUGCACUGUUUUGGGGUUUACGCCAUUAAUGAUUUCUAUGAUUGAAAUACUUUGUUAAAUUGGAAUAAGCAUGAAGACAUGAAAAAACAACCAUAAAUGUUUAUAGCUAUGUUUAAUUUCUGACUUAUAUGAGAAUAGAAGUGUUACGAUGCACACUUCUAACCCAGAUCACUGUUGUGACAGAUUCAUUAGUAGGCAGAGGCCAUUUUUGUGGUCCUGUGCAACAGUAACCCAAUUUACAGUCAUUACAGAAAUUGUUGGGAGCAAAAACUAAGUAUGUGCAUGUAUGUACAUAAAAUGCUGAGAAGUCCAAAUAACAUACAUUUGUAAGUUAAGGUAGCUUGCAAUUACUAAUCUUAUAAACUCCUUUGGAAGCUUAGAGUCUUUUUAUCUCCAGCAGCAGGAAGUCUUCAUUUUCACCAUUUUGAGAAAAGCACAUUGCUAUGAGAAGACAUGGGUUGAAGUUUGCCUGUGGACAGAGCUUGAUUAACCAGACCUACGUGUUUCAUUAACUUUUUGCUAUAAGAACAUUUACUUUCUUUGUUUUUGGUCUAGCAAGUUGGCACAAGUCAAGAGUUGUGUGUGGGAAGACACCUCAGCGGAGUCGAGUUUACUGUCACUUUUCAAUCAGUUUCUCUUACUGAUGCAUAAACAUUAUCCCAAUUCAGUGCUUUUCCUGCAAAUAAAAUUGUUUUUGCUUAGUAGAAAGGAACUGUACGUCAUUGAUCUUCACCGUUUUUACGGUGAACCUCCUUAAAUUGCAUGUAUAUGUUACUGUUCCUAUGUAUGUGUGUCUCUCUAUCACAUAACCCAGAACUUAUUUCCUCAGCCAAAUGGCUAGGGGCCGAGCCUAGCCAUGAUUUUACCUCCAAUGGACGCAAGUUUCUAUGGUGAAGAUAUCUCCUGAGAGUUCGGGACUAGCAGAAAGAAGCGAGGAAAUUUCGACCGUUUGGUUCUUACGGAUAGGUAUUUAUGUAUUCGGGUUUGUGUGAAUGUAAGCUAUUUGACUUUCCAGAAAAACGUAUUUUGCAAGUGACAUUGAUUGGUUGGUUGAAGCACGUACGGUAAGAGCUGUUAAGGAAAUGGAUCCCAAUUAAACUAUUAAAGGAUACCUUUGCCUUUAAUUGUAAUAAUUUAUUAGUUUCUCUGAGAGGAAUUUAGACUAUUAAACAAAUUUUCGAUAGUUGGUGACAAAUGAUUAGCAAGAUUAAAUGUAACUUCUAAAAGGAAAUAUGCUUUAACAUAUAAGUAUUUUUUUUUCAUUUUUAAUGGGUAAGUAUUUAAGUAGUCGCAUAAACCCAAGCCCUAAGUUUUUUGCAUUGACCAGCUGUUUCAUCUUGCAGGUACGAUGGGCGUGGUCACCUACAUGACCUUUCUGAAUAUGAUGCUGAGUAUUCCACGUGGAACAGAGAUUAUCAAUUGUCUGAAGAGGAAGCUAGAAUAGAAGCCCUCUGUGAUGAAGAGAGAGGAGGAAUAUAAAAGACUGAGUGAAGCUUUGGCAGAGGAUGGUACCUAUAAUGCAGUGGGAUUCCGUUAUGGCAGUGAUUAUUAUGACCCUUCAGAACCCACUGAGGAGGAGGAGCAUCAGCCUGCAAAACAAAGAGAAACAGCUCAGACAGAAAAUGUAGAAGAAAAUGAAGAACCUUUUAUUGCCCCUCCGGGACUGAACGUACCUUCUGAUGUGGAACUGCCACCGACAGCAAAAAUGCAUGCCAUUAUAGAACGAACCGCAAACUUUGUCUGCAAGCAGGGAGCACAGUUUGAGAUUAUGCUAAAAGCCAAGCAAGCACGCAACUCCCAGUUUGACUUCUUGCGAUUUGAUCACUACCUCAAUCCCUACUACAAAUUCAUUCAGAAGGCUAUGAAAGAGGGACGAUACGCUGCUCCUUCUGAAAAUAAAGCGGACGAGAAAAAACAUUCGAGAGUCAAAUCUGAGGAAGAUGAUGAUGACGACGACGACGAUGAUGGAAAUUAUCUGCAUCCAAGUCUUUUUGCAUCUAAAAAAUGCAGUAGACUUGAAGAGCUCAUGAAGCCUUUGAAGGUAGUAGACCCUGAUCAUCCACUUGCAGCACUGGUGCGCAAAGCGCAGUCAGAUAAUAACUCAUCUACACCACAGUCAACAGAUGGGGCAGCUGUACAGACAUCGCAAGCAGAAUAUUCUUCUGAUUCAACUGUGGCAGCCAUGUAUUAUAGUUACUAUAUGCUACCUGAUGGAACCUAUUGCCUUGCGCCUCCACCUCCAGGAAUAGAUGUUGCCACCUACUACAAUGCGUUGCCUGCAGGGGUGACUGUAUCAAGCACUACAGGGGUAGCAACGGUACCUCCACCCCCUGGUACUACACCUCCACCUCCCCCAGACACAACUGAGAGCAGCAGUGGGUUGACUUCUACCACAACGUCUACAAGCACAAUUGCUCCAGUGGUUGCCAUUAUACCUCCACCCCCAGAUAUUCAACCUGUUAUUGAUAAGCUAGCUGAGUAUGUUGCUAGGAAUGGGAUAAAAUUUGAAACCAGUGUUCGUGCCAAGAAUGAUCUCAGGUUUGAGUUCCUGCAACCAUGGCACCAGUAUAAUGCUUAUUAUGAAUUUAAAAAACAGUUCUUUCUUCAGAAAGAGAGCAAUGACAACUGUCAGGGAGUAUCUUCAUCUGAAGAUGUUCCAGCAGAUACUGCCGGUGACACACCAAGUGAGACUCAGUUUGCAGAUGAACAUGCACCUGAAGAUGCAGCUGAGCCAAGUGCAAAGGGAGUUCCAGGAACUAAAAAAGAUGUUCCUCCUACUAAAACUGUCAGUGAUGGUAAAUUGGUGAAAGCAUCAUUUGCUCCAAUAAGCUUUGCGAUCAAGGCCAAAGAAAAUGACCUUCUUCCUUUGGAGAAAAACCGUGUUAAAUUAGAUGAUGACAGUGAUGAGGAGGAAGAAGAGGGUAAGGAAGGCCAAGAGAAUGCUAACAGUUCUUCAAACCAUACUCCAGCUGUUACCACUCCUUGUACUGCUGCUGAAGAGAAGAAACCCCAACUUACACAGGAGGAAUUGGAAGCUAAACAAGCAAAGCAGAAACUAGAGGAUAGAUUAGCAGCUGCAGCAAGAGAGAAGCUUGCACAGGCCUCCAAAGAAUCAAAAGAAAAGCAGCUACAAGCAGAACGCAAAAGGAAAGCAGCACUGUUCUUGCAGACCCUGAAAAACCCUCUGGCAGAGGCAGAAACUGAGAAAAUUGAAGAGAGUUCCUUCAAUAACGAGAGUGUCAAUAGUAUACCAUGUCCUGUGGCCGCAGUCAGAACUUUACCCACGUUAGAAGUUAAACAAGCAGAAAGGCCUUCAAGCAAAAGCAAAGAUCCUCCUAGGGAUGAAGAAAAAGAAAAGAAAAGAAAAAAACAUAAGAAAAGAUCUCGGACAAGAUCUCGAUCACCAUUCAAGUAUCAUUCAUCAUCUAAGUCCAGAUCUAGAUCACAUUCAAAAGCAAAGCACUCACUUCCCACUGCCUAUAGAACUGUCAGGCAUUCAAGACUCACAGCAUCCACAGGGACACUGAGCAUGGAGCGGAGUCUGAGCAGCUCAUCAAUGGCAGCAGCAACAGAGCGGGAAAAUUAUCAGGCAACUUCGACAACGAAAAGAUUUGACUGCUGGAGCUCUUUUGAGGGAAAUCCUGGUAAAAUGUCAAGGUCACGAUCAAGGUCACCUAGGAGAAGGGCUCACACACCAGAAAGGCGGAGAGAUGAAAGAAGUGUUCCAACAGCUUAUCGCAUUAGUAACAGUCCUGGAAAUAGUAGGAAACGCCCACGUUCCAAAAGUCCCCAUGAAAAGAAGAAGAAGAGGCGGUCUAGAUCACGUACCAAGUCCAAAGCCAGGUCUCCUUCACCAUCCAUGUCACCAGGCAAACCAUCCACACACAAAAAUUCUGUACAUUCAACUAGUGUCUCUCCUGUGGAGAGCAGGGAAUCCAGCCAGGAACGCUCCAGGGGAGUUUCUCAGGAAAAAGAUGGCCAAAUCUCUUCAGCAAUUGUGUCUUCAGUGCAGAGUAAAAUCACUCAGGAUCUUAUGGCCAAAGUGAGAGCAAUGCUUGCAGCUUCCAAAAACAUACAAACUAGUGCCUCCUGAGACCUGUUGAACUGACCAUCAAGAAAUUGUGUGAAAAAGAACAAUAUUAAAAAAAAAAACCUGCCUCAUCUCAAAUGUACAGCUGAGCUUAGCUCACUUGGUUCACAACUUGUCUAAUAUUACCAGAACUCGAGGAGCUAAAACCUAUCUUUCUGUACAGACGCGUCUCCUUGAAAUUUCAUUAAACUUUUUCAGCCAGAAUAUCUUUGGAAAGUUUUUGGUUUUUGUAAAUUGAUUUUUUGACUAAUUCUUCAGUAACAUUUUAUGAUCAGCGGUCUAUAUGUGUAUAUUUGUAAAUACCAUGUUUCUGUGAAAGAAGUAUUACACAAUAAUAAAGAAGGAAACAUCUUUCAUUA